CAUUCGUCUCGAUAGGGAAACGCGUGGGUGGUCGUGCGACGACCUCGUGGGUUGGGCGACGCAUGGGGAAAGGGACGUAACCUUACGUGGAAGAAUUCUACCUGUGGAUAAUAUCUGGACGCGAAUUCAAGAUGACGACGGACUUCAGGGAGCAGUAUAAGAAGGGCGAGCCAGCACAUCGUUGAAAAGCAGCAGCCAAGCAUAACAACCAUCUAAACAAGCUACUCUUCAACUCUCCAAGAUGAAGUUCUUCUCUACCGCCGCUCUCGCUGGGGCUUUGUUCCUCGAGGCCGUCAACGGCCACUACAUCUUCCAGAAGCUCACCGCGAACGGCGUGCAAGGUGGUGUCUACCAGAACAUCCGCCAGAACACCAACAACAACUCGCCCGUCAUCGACCUCGCCUCCAACGACCUUCGUUGUAACGUGGGCGGUGGCUCAGGAGCCUCGACGUCGACUGUCUCUGUCGCCGCGGGCUCAACGGUCACAUUCACCGCUGACAUCGCCGUCUACCAUCAGGGCCCCGUCUCCUUCUACCUGACUAAGGCCUCGUCGACCGCCGCCGCCUCCGACGGUUCCACACCCUGGUUCAAGAUCAAGGAGAUUGGCCCGACGUUCUCAGGCAGCUCCUCCACGUGGGACCUCGAGCAGUCCUACAGCGUGACCAUCCCGUCGUGCGUCCCCGCCGGCGAAUACCUGCUCCGCAUCGAGCAGCUCGCUAUCCACAAUCCGUACCCGGGCGGCAUCCCGCAGUUCUACAUCUCCUGCGCGCAGAUCAAGGUCACUGGUGGCGGCAGCAAGUCGUUCAGCGGUGUUUCCAUCCCCGGACACGUCAAGAACACGGACCCGGGAUACACUGCUAACAUUUACUCUGGUUUCACCAGCUACAAGGUCCCUGGACCGGCUGUCAGCACCUGCUAGAUGGUUCGGGGUUUGCUUUCAUGUAUAUAGAUUAUUUCAAACGCAAUGUAAAUGUGCUCGGGUGUAAAUGUGCUGUUGGUUUGG